CUUUCUGGUUUUCUCUCUCCCUUACUGAAUGUAGGAAACCGAAACAUGACCAAAUCAUACAGCGAGAGCGGGCUGAUGGGCGAACCUCAGCCCCAGGGUCCUCCGAGCUGGACAGACGAGUGUCUUAGUUCUCAGGACGAGGAGCACGAAACAGACAAGAAGGAGGACGACCUAGAAGCGAUGAACGCGGAAGAGGACUCACUGAGGAACGGGGGAGAGGAGGAGGAGGAAGACGAGGACCUGGAGGAGGAGGAAGAAGAGGAAGAGGAGGACGAUGACCAAAAGCCCAAGAGACGCGGCCCCAAAAAGAAGAAAAUGACCAAGGCGCGCCUGGAGCGUUUUAAGCUGCGGCGCAUGAAGGCCAAUGCCCGGGAGCGGAACCGCAUGCACGGGCUGAACGCGGCGCUGGACAACCUGCGCAAGGUGGUGCCCUGCUACUCCAAGACCCAGAAGCUCUCCAAAAUCGAGACGCUGCGCUUGGCCAAGAACUACAUCUGGGCUCUGUCGGAGAUCCUGCGUUCCGGCAAAAGCCCUGAUCUGGUCUCCUUCGUGCAGACGCUCUGCAAGGGCUUAUCCCAACCCACCACCAACCUGGUUGCGGGCUGCCUGCAGCUCAAUCCUCGGACUUUUCUGCCGGAGCAGAACCAGGAAGUGCCCCCGCACCUGCCCACUGCCAGCGCUUCCUUCCCGGUGCACCCCUACUCCUACCAGUCGCCGGGGCUGCCCAGCCCGCCCUACGGGACCAUGGACAGCUCCCACGUCUUCCACGUCAAGCCGCCGCCGCCGCCGCACGCCUACAGCGCCGCGCUGGAGCCCUUCUUCGAAAGCCCCCUGACGGAUUGCACCAGCCCUUCCUUUGACGGACCCCUCAGUCCGCCGCUCAGCAUCAACGGCAACUUCUCUUUCAAACACGAACCGUCCGCCGAGUUUGAGAAAAAUUAUGCCUUUACCAUGCACUAUCCUGCAGCGACCCUGGCAGGGGCCCAAAGCCACGGAUCAAUCUUCUCGGGCGCCGCUGCCCCUCGCUGUGAGAUCCCCAUAGACAAUAUCAUGUCCUUCGAUAGCCAUUCACAUCAUGAGCGAGUCAUGAGUGCCCAGCUCAAUGCCAUCUUUCACGAUUAG